CGCCCCGGGUGGUUGGGUCCUGGCAGGGCCCGACGUGGGGUGAACCCGGGGCGGGGCCGGGUGUGGGUCCGGAGUAGCAGUUGUCUCCGCCGGGAGGAGGAUCCCGGUCCUUCCUCCGGCAUUUCCUCACGCGUUCCUUACCACCUCCGUGCGCCCAUCCCAGGAGAGCCGCCCUCCUAACCCGCCCCCCCCACCUCUCCCCCCCCGGCCGGUACGGAGGGGGCUGUCGGUGUGAGGAGGCCCGGGGGCUGGGGAGAGACGGCGAUCCCGCGGUGCAGCCCCCCGCUGCCGCCCCCGUUUCCAGCGAGGGGGCGGAGGGGGGCCCGGGGCUGCGGAGUGCCAUGGAGCAGGUCCAGAUGAUCAACAUCCAGCGGCUGCUGGAGGCGGCCGAGUAUCUGGAGCGGAGGGAGAGAGAGUGCGAACAUGGCUAUGCCUCAGCCUUCCCCUCUGUUCCAAGCCCUGGACUACAAGACCCAAAGCCCACGCGGAGGCUGAGCCGGGCAAGAAAACACAGCGGCAGUGGCAGCAAUGCAAGUCUUGCCAACAGGUCUACGCACAAUGAACUAGAAAAGAAUCGCCGAGCUCACCUCCGCCUGUGUCUAGAACGCUUGAAAGUUCUGAUACCGCUAGGACCAGACUGCACCCGGCACACGACGCUUGGGCUGCUCAACAAAGCCAAAGCACAUAUCAAGAAACUUGAAGAGGCUGAGAGGAGAAGCCAACACCAGCUUGAGAACCUGGAACGAGAACAAAGAUUCCUAAAGAGAAGACUGGAACAGCUACAGGGUCCUCAGGAAAUAGAGCGAAUACGAAUGGACAGCAUUGGAUCUACCAUUUCCUCGGAUCACUCGGACUCGGAGCGAGAAGAGAUUGAAGUGGAUGUCGAAAGCACAGAGUUCUCCCAUGGAGAAGUGGACAAUAUCAGCACAACCAGCAUCAGUGACAUUGAUGAUCACAGCAGCUUGCAGAGUAUUGGGAGUGACGAGGGUUACUCCAGCGCCAGUGUCAAGCUCUCGUUUGCUUCCUAGAACCAAGUGAGACAACAGUGCAGGGCAAAUUAUUUCACUGGGGUGAUCACACUGGGGCCUAGAUGCCAGUAUCCUCUUUCAGAAAUGACAUAUUGACAGCUAGUCCUGGAGAGACCUGUACAUAAAGCUUUUUGGGUAAAGGAAGCCUCCACAGAAACCCACAUGUGUUCAUUUGGUCAUGUUACCAAUCCCAAUUCCUGCUGGCAAAAAGUUAGACCAAACUCUAGUCCCUAUGAAGUCAGUGAAAUCUGUUUGUUUCUGUGGGACCUGGAUCUAGACCUUAGUGAUGAAACACUUUGUUUUGAAUUUCUUUGUUUGAAAGAGGAUACUAGAGACUCAUCCCUCUCUUUCUGUCACAAGAUCUGAGAAAUGUCAGAAUUUCUUCUAUUUAAUUCAGGUUGAACAACCUAGUUUAGGCCCUUCUGAAGAGCUUUUGUGGUCCUAAAAGGACCGUGUCCUACAGUCUGUCACAAUCCAAUGCUGUCGUAAUGUACUAGGAAAUCCAAGAAGGCUUAUGUAGCCUAGGAGUAACAAUGACAAUAAUGAUUAAGGUCACAUUCUGUGCGCAGAAAGAGAGGGGCUGCAAAGAGAGAUGUUCAGGAGAGAACACCAUUCAGCUCAGCUUUCUGUUGGACACCAUUUAAUAAGCAAGUACCUCCGCUGCGGGGCUAAAGCGAGAGGUACACGCUUGUAACCUACCAGCACAUCGUGGGCUGUGUCAUGCCUCUGGCUGUGACACCGGCAGCAGAUCUCCUGGUAGGUGCGUGCUCAGGCACACAACCAGCUGAGAACAGAAAGAAACCAGCACACACGAGAGGUGACACGCCAGAAAGUCAUGCCCAGAUACUGAGCCACUCUGACCUUUUUAUUUGAAGAGAUUUUUUGAUAAACAUUUGUAAAUGUGUUGGGAGGGAAAACCACCCCAAGUCUGAUGUGUCUUUUUAGAGCUUGUCCAUACGAAACCUUAGAUGUCUUUUAUAUGAAUUUAUGCCAUGAGAAGAUCUCUGUUUCGAUGAAGCACUUGACCCAAUGAAAUGCAAAGAUGCUUUUUUUGCCAUGCACACAACGGAUGAAGGCUGUGCUAGCUGGAAGAGGCCAGGUUUGGUGGGGGUUUCUUUGGAUUUCUUUUUAGAAUCAUUCCCUUUGCUGACUUUUGAAGUUCCAGUCCAGUAGUUAACCUAGUUAAGCUCAGCACGUCUCUCAUGUUAAUGUACCGUUUGACUGCACGUCCUGUUCCCAAGGGCCUUGCCAUCUUACCUAUGCAGGUGCUGUUAAGAGCUGUUCUAGCAACUGUUUUCUAAUUCUCCUGGAGACGAGCAUUCUAACCUGCACUUUGAGGGCUUUGCUUUUGGUUUUAUUUUUGUCUUUUUAAUGGCCAGGAUUCUUUUGUUUUCCAAGUUUAAUAGAGUCCUCACCUAUGGCAUUGUUUGAAACUUUGUAUAUCCUUCAGUAAUUUAACUACCCCUCAUUACUAAGAAAAAAAAAAAAGAAGAAAAAGAGGAAAAAAAUAUGCUUUAUGAAAUUCAUAACUUAUUGCUGAUUUGAAUGGGUUGUUAAUUUCACUCCUUUAGAUUUUAUUUUAUUGUUUUAGGUAGGGUUGGGCAAAAAGAGGUAAAAUACAAUAAAAAAAAUUAAAGACAACCAUAUUUAGCAGUGCAGUGGAAUUGUGUUUAAAUGUUAGCAUAUGGUCCCCAUUAAAGUAGCACUUUAAUGCCAUUAAACAUUUCUGUAUCUGA